AUGCCCGGAUAUGAGAUCGAAAGGUUCCCGAGUCUGUCGGCCAACGAGAAGAGUGAAUAUACACCUUUUGCNACAAAAAUGCCCGGAUAUGAGAUCGAAAGGUUCCCGAGUCUGUCGGCCAACGAGAAGAGUGAAUAUACGUGUAGUAUAUGUCAGGAUAUAUUCUGCUGUCCGAUGACAGCCCCCUGUUGUCUACAGACCUUUUGCGAGGACUGUAUUCACAAUUGGCUUCAAACCAAUAAUACCUGUCCUUACGAUAGGAAAACGUUAACAGUGAAUGGAUUAUCACGACCACCUAGGGUAUUGAUGAAUAUGUUGGGAAAACUGAAAAUCCGGUGCGAUUUCCGGGACAAAGGGUGCAAAGAAGUGGUAAACUUGGAGGACCUGAUCCAACACACGACUAAAUGCAAAUACAAUGUCGACAAAAAUGUAAAGAAAUGCAAGAAAUGCUUUUGCGAGCAAAAGUCUGGUCACGACUGCAUU